UCAUAUUGAGACGGUCGUGUCCAACACCAGCUGAAUUUCGAAACGUGCACACAACGAAGGAGUUUGUAUCACUCAAGCUUCCUAUUUAUUUGCCGCCUUCACUCACAGCCGAAAUUCUCUUCCGUUUCACUUCACCCAAUAUGCCACAAGAUUUGCCAGGGUUUUAUUUCGACCCAGAAAAAAAGAAAUACUUUUCAAUAAAGGGUCCAAUUCCGGGUACUGUCCGUAAACCAGUUCAUCCUCCUCAGAACCCUGUUUCCCUUCCUGCAAAGGCCCCACGUAAGUUUAAGAAAGAUAGUAGAAUUUGCAAGUUGCUUCACUAUAAGGAGUUGUAUGGAAGUUUUAUUGAUUGUAGCAAUUGGAAGGGUAGCUUCCAAGAGGAAUGCAAAAAGAAGUUGGCUUCUGAACCAAAGAUAUGGAAAUACCAAGGUGUAGAUAAAGAUGCUGAUUGUUCUUUGGCUCUAAUGUGUAUUGAUGUUCAAACACCUGAAGGGCAAUGUUCAUCAAAUUCAUUAAUAACUGGCGGUAAAAAUGGUUGCUUGAGCCUUUUCGAUGUUGGCAAUGUUGGGCAUUAUUUCAAUCAUGGUGACGUGACAACAGCAGAGUUUGUAUGGCCUGAAAAUGAUAAGCUAGACUCUUACCCGACAACGAAAGAUAUUUGGAAAUUUAAUGGAGCCACAUUGGUUUUGCAAUCAAGUGUAUCUUCUAUAAGGAUUCCUAGACAAGAAUACUUUGGGACAAAUAAUGGCAAUUCAGCUCUGCAAUAUGCAUUGAUUUCAACAUUGGGGUCAGAGUUAUCUGGUGGCGCACUUUAUAUUCUGAAUCUCGCUGAACCUGUGGAUCUAAGCUCAAACAUGAUUGCCCUUAGUCGACUGCGCGAGCUUGCUUCACUGGAUUGUACUAUUUGGGGGAUGGAGAUCAGUCACUCUAGUCGUAAGGCUGUCCUUGGCACUAACCGGGGAGCUACAUUGGUAGAUUUGGAACGUGGAGUACCAUCAGUGAUAUGCCGUAGUAAGAGUGAUGUAUUAUCGGUGCAACUUAUACAGUCGGGAAAUGUUGGACUAUGUGGACUAAGAAAUGGAGCAAUAGUUACUGUUGAUGUUCGACAGCAGCAACGUCAGCUUGCUCGAUACAAAAUUCCUUAUCCUUCCAGUGAUUCUGAAAGACUUGCUCAGAAAACAACUAAACAAUCUUUUUUGCUUAGAGGAAAUAUACAACCUUCUUGUACAGUGUACAUGCCUUCAGCAAUAUGCAGUUUGGUAUCACUUGAAAUGUACGACCAAUACUUCUUGGCAAGCUCCAUGGAUGGAUCGAUAAAGCUAUAUGAUCAUCGCUUGACUAAGCGAGGCCCGGUCCAAUCCUAUGAAGGUCAAGUAAACUCUCACACUCACUUACAGCUAGCAACUGAUUCAAAUGAGAGAUUUUUAAUGUCAGGAGGCGAGGACUGCAAAGUGCGCGUUUGGAGUAUUAAAUCAGGCGAAAUGCUCUUUGAAGAGAAACUUACGAGUUCCGCCCCGGUUGCUGUUUGCUGGCAAGGAAGUGCAGAUAUCGUUUGUAAGAGCCCAGUUUUAUCAGAAUCUCUGUCAGGACAAACUCGCGGUUGGGAUGCAUGGCUAGGAUCGGCAGACGGAUUACUCCGGAUGCAAUUUUCCCUAUGAUGAACUUUUUUUCUUCUUUUUUACCCUUUUUGUGACUCAGAAAGCAGCCGAGAGCUUGGUGAUCAUACAUAUUGAAAUGUAUAUGGUUAGAUAAUCGGUUUUAGGUUUAUUUAUGUAUAAAUAAGUGCAACAUAUGAUCCCCCCUUAGAUAUAAAAUAGUUUUUCAUAUAUGAACGACCUUCUUGGGCAUAGCAUCUGUUGUUUCGUGUUCCUGGCAAAUCUUAAAUCGUCUUUCACAAAUUCUUGUAUGAGACGGUCUCACCGUGAGACAUGUUUUAUAUUUCUGUUAAAUAGCCUAAUAAUGGAAAUUUUUAGCUUAUAUGCUUUUUCUUUUGAGGUCAUCUCACCGUAAGACGGUUCAUACAAGACAGGCUGGUUGUCUUUACUUUGUACUCCCUAUAGGCCUCUAUCCCUGUGAAUUAGCAUUGUUUUGAAUUAGCAUUGUUUUACAUUUUAGUUUGUCUUGCACUAUUUUUUUUUAACAAUAAUUUUACCCUUUUUUUGAUCUUGUCCACAAAUUUAUUUUUUCUCUUUUAAUCACUUAUUUCUUCAAUUUACUUGUAUUUUUUUUUUCAACUCACUU